AUGACUACAUAUAGAGGUAAGCUGAUUCUCAAGUUUGCAUAUUCAGUUAAUGAUGGCCCUGAAGAGUUCGAGACUAGGGAUGCCGGUAGUAUUCCAAUCAUGCUGAGAACAAAUAGAUGUCAUUUGGAGGGAUUAUCGCCAGCAGGCUUGGUGGCUGCAAAAGAAGAAUCUGAAGAACUUGGUGGUUACUUCAUUGUCAAUGGUAUCGAAAAAUUGAUUCGUAUGUUGAUUGUUCAAAGACGUAACCAUCCCAUGGCUAUUGUCAGACCUUCCUUUGUUAAUAGAGGAGCUGCUUAUACUCAAUACGGUAUUCAGAUUCGUUGUGUUCGUCCUGACCAAACUUCUCAAACCAAUGUUCUUCAUUAUUUGAAUGAUGGUAAUGUUACAUUCAGAUUCUCUUGGAGAAAGAAUGAAUACUUGAUCCCUGUAAUGAUGAUUCUCAAGGCUCUUGUUGAGACCAAUGACAGAGAGAUUUUCGACGGAAUUGUUGGUCAAGAGACUGGCAAUUCCUUUUUGACUGAUCGUUUGGAGUUGCUUUUAAGAACAUACAAAUCUUACAAUUUAUACACUAAGCAGGAAACCUUGGCAUACCUUGGAGACAAGUUUAGAGUUGUCAUGGGUGCUACCGCCGACUCAACUGAUAUUGAUGUUGGAAAGGAGGUGUUGAGAAGAAUUGUAUUGGUGCAUUUGACCGAUAAUAAGGACAAAUUUAGACAGUUAAUGUUUAUGAUCAGAAAGCUCUAUUCACUUGUCGCUGGUGAAUGUUGUCCAGAUAAUCCAGAUGCUGCUCAACACCAAGAAAUUUUAUUGGGAGGCUUUUUGUAUGGUAUGAUCAUCAAGGAGAAAAUUGACGAAUAUUUACAAGCAUUCAAAGCCCAAAUUGUUAGUGAUGUUAACCGCCGUAACGCUGUCAACUUCACGGAUAAGAAAUAUAUUUAUCGAGUAUUUAUGAAGAUGAAUGAGAAUAUUGGCCAGAAAUUACAAUAUUUCCUGUCUACAGGUAAUUUGGUUUCCCAGUCUGGUUUGGAUUUGCAGCAAGUUUCAGGUUAUACCGUUGUUGCUGAAAAGAUUAAUUUUCAUCGUUUCAUUUCUCACUUUAGAAUGGUGCACAGAGGUUCGUUCUUUGCUGAGCUCAAAACUACAACUGUGCGGAAGCUCUUACCUGAGAGUUGGGGAUUCUUGUGUCCUGUACACACUCCAGAUGGUUCUCCCUGUGGUUUACUAAACCAUUUGGCUCACAAGUGUUUUGUUUCUACUGAGUCGCUAAACGUCGAUCACAUUCCUGCUGUCCUUAGAUCACUCGGAGUGAGUAGCCCUGAUUCAUUGUCUGCAGGUCCUACAAAGUCCUGUGUUCAAUUAGAUGGUCGAAUUAUUGGCUACUGUAGCCAUGAGGAGGCUAAGCGUGUUUCCGAUACUUUGAGAUUUUGGAAGGUUGAAGGAACUCACAACAUUCCUGUACAAUUAGAAAUUGGAUGGGUGCCUCCAUCUCACGGUGGUCAAUACCCUGGUGUUUUCUUGUUUUCUUCUCAGGCUAGAAUGAUCCGUCCUGUCAAAUAUUUGCCAUUGGAGAAAGAGGAUUGGGUUGGACCAUUUGAACAAGUUUACAUGAAUAUUGCUGUUACACCGGAAGAGAUCACCUCAAAUGUUCACAGUCAUGUCGAGUUCUCGCCAACUAACAUAUUCUCCAUUUUGGCCAACUUGACUCCUUUCUCUGAUUUUAAUCAAUCUCCUCGUAACAUGUACCAAUGCCAGAUGGGUAAACAAACUAUGGGUACGCCAGGUACCGCCUUAGUCCACAGAUCGGAUAACAAGCUCUAUCAUCUGCAGACAGGACAAUCACCAAUUGUUCGUGCUGGUUUGUAUGAUGAAUAUGGCAUGGAUCAGUUCCCUAAUGGAACCAAUGCCGUGGUAGCAGUUAUUUCGUAUACUGGUUAUGAUAUGGAUGAUGCCAUGAUUUUAAACAAGUCAGCAUUGGAACGUGGUUUUGGACACGGUUCAGUUUAUAAGGUUGAAAAGGUUGAUCUUAGCAUGAAGAGAAGACGUGGUGAGCCAAUUACCCAGCACUUUGGGUUUGGCAAAGAUCAAUGGCCUGAGAAGUGGACCGAGAAGCUUGAUGACGAUGGGUUGCCUAUUAUCGGUGUUCUGCUAGAAGAAGGAGAUCCUAUUGUUGCAUAUUUUGACGAAAUUCUGGGUAAGACCAAAGUCAAGCUCUACAAAUCAUCGGAACCUGCAUAUGUGUCGGAAGUCAAACUUCUUGGUGAUGAGAAUGGUGACCAAGAGUUCCAGAGUCUUACUGUUAAGCUACGUGUUAACCGUUCCCCUAAUAUUGGUGAUAAGUUCUCAUCUCGACACGGUCAAAAGGGUGUCUGUUCCCAGAAGUGGCCUCAAGUGGACAUGCCAUUCAGCGAGAGUGGUAUACAACCUGAUAUUAUUAUCAACCCACACGCUUUCCCCUCGCGUAUGACAAUUGGUAUGUUUGUGGAGAGUUUAGCUGGAAAGUCUGGUGCCUUGCAUGGAUUUGCUCAAGACAGUACUCCUUUUAUGUUUUCAGAGGAAAACACAGCUGCCGAUCAUUUCGGACAACAGUUACUCAAGGCCGGUUACAAUUACCAUGGAAAUGAACCUAUGUACUCCGGUGUUACAGGUGAAGAACUCCGUGUCGAUAUUUACGUUGGUGUCGUCUUCUACCAACGAUUGAGACACAUGGUUAAUGACAAGUUCCAGGUCAGAUCAACCGGUCCUGUUAACAAGUUAACAAUGCAACCUGUCAAGGGAAGAAAGAGACAUGGUGGUAUCCGUGUGGGAGAGAUGGAGCGUGAUGCUCUCAUUGGUCAUGGUACUGCAUUCCUGUUACAAGAUCGUUUACUAAACUGUAGUGAUUACACACAAACUCACUUGUGUAAGGACUGUGGUUCUAUUUUGACUACUCAGGUUUCUGUGCCGAGAGUUGGUUCUGCGGCUGUGGUAAGAUGUAGACGGUGUGCCACCAAGGUUGUUGGCCGUCUUGGUGCCGGUGAUGAUUCGACGUCGACUGCCUGGGAAGAUGGUCUUGGAAAUAGAUUCAAGGGAGGAAAUAAUAUUUCCACGGUGGCCAUCCCAUUUGUAUUAAAAUAUCUUGAUUCCGAGCUUGCAGCUAUGGGUAUCAAAAUGAGAUUUAAUGCUGGCCCAUAA